ACUAAUUACACAACCAAAGCUUUCCACUUCCCUUGAGAUCUUCUCUCGAUCUUCAUUCUCUAUAUACAUCGAUCAAUAUGGGUUUCAGUUUGCCAAGAGUGGUUCCAGCUAAGAAAUUUCUUCGAAGAUCUUUGUUCAAUUCAAACAAAGCAGCUUCAAUGGCAGUAGAUGUCCCUAAAGGCCAUUUAGCAGUUUAUGUUGGCGAGAACGAAAAAAAGAGGUUUGUUGUUCCUGUGUCAUUCUUAAGCCGACCUUUAUUUCAAGAGUUGCUUAUCCAAGCUGAAGAAGAAUAUGGUUAUGAUCAUCCAACGGGAGGCCUAACAAUUCCCUGCAGAGAAGAUGCAUUUAUCGAUACCAUCUCCAAUCUGAAUGCUUCAUGAGACUUUAAAAAAUUAGGCAGAUUCAUUACAACAUUUUUGUAAAGUGAACAAUAGUGUAGAACAUAUUCUUUUCCACAUUACAUUGUAUUCUCUUUUCCUUGAGGAGUGAAAUCGUUCUCCCAGAAUGAGAAAUAUACAGAGGAUGAUUUAUCAAACAUGUUGUACCAUAUUAAUAUAAGAAAUUUUCAGUUUCUUUCAAGAUGUU